AUGGCCGUGGCUGCCCAAUCACCAUGCGGGUGGACCGGGUGGUCAUGGAGCUCAUCCACCUACUACACCACCGCCAAGUUCUCUUCUUCCACCUCAUCCAGUCUCCUCUAUACAAAACGACCUCGUUUCACUGCUUGUUCGUCGUCGUCGUCUAGCUCCGGCACCAAACCCGGGCUGAAAAAGCCGGCGAAUUCGGACAGUGCUGCCCCAACUCCAACCACAUCAGUCACAAUCUCAAAGGGAAAGGCACCCCGAAGUGGAAAGACGGUAAAAGCCCUGAGCUUCAAGUCUGGGAAGCGAUCUCUAUGGAAGAGAAUAUUCUUCGCCUCCAAGAAAGUUAGGAGCAUUCUCCUGCUCAAUGUAAUCACUGUAGUCUAUGCUAGUAAUUUCUCGAUUGUGAAAGAAGUGGAGGCUGUGAUCGACCCGGCGGCAUUCACUGUUGUGCGUUUUGCAAUGUCAGCUGUCCCAUUCAUCCCUUUUGUUUUCAGAGCAAGAGGUGAUGCUGAGACUCGUAAUGCAGGGAUUGAGUUGGGGUUUUGGGUUAGUUUAGGGUAUCUUAUGCAGGCAUUGGGGCUGCUGACAUCGGAUGCUGGUCGCGCUUCGUUUUUGUCUAUGUUCACUGUGAUUAUCGUUCCCUUGCUUGAUGGUAUGUUAGGAGCUAUAGUCCCUGCUCGUACCUGGUUUGGAGCCUUCAUGUCUAUUGUUGGAGUUGGGCUGCUGGAAUCCAGUGGAUCUCCCCCAAGUGUUGGAGAUUUGCUGAGCUUCCUGAGCGCGGUGUUUUUUGGGGUUCAUAUGCUUAGAACAGAGCAUAUAUCAAGAAACACAAAAAAAAGAGAACUUUUUGGCUCUGCUUGGAUAUGAGAUAUGCGUUGUUGCUUUCUUAUCAACCACAUGGUACAUCAUUGGGGCAUGGUCUGGUGGCGGCCUCAACGAUUUCAACCCAUCAUUAUGGACAUGGGGGAUGUUCUGGGAGUGGAUGGUUGUGUUUCCUUGGAUACCUGCACUGUACACGGGCAUAUUUUCCACUGUUUUAUGCUUAUGGGUAGAGAUGGCUGCAAUGUGCGAUGUAUCAGCCACAGAAACCACUAUAAUUUAUGGUUUGGAGCCCGUCUGGGGUGCUGGUUUCGCAUGUUUCUCCUUGGUGAAAGAUGGGGAUCUACUGGUUGGAUUGGUGCCACUCUCGUGCGUGGUGGAAGCUUAACAGUCCAGAUAUUUGGAUCAACAUCUCCCACAGAGCCUUCAAAAGAUGAAAUGAAAGCUAAGAAACUCACUUCCCAGUGGUGUCAGAUAAACACAAUGGCUUAUCCCCCUCUCCCAUUACAGUCACUUCCAGAAAGGAUACUCCUGAUCUGCGGAAGAAAUAACUGAGAGUUUUCGUAUGUUAUCUGUUGCUAUAGUCAGUUUCAUAUAAAUACACAAUGCUCUAAUGACAAUUAUUUGGUCACAUGA